AUGUGGCCUAUCAAUCUUCUCCAUUUAAUUAUAUCAGCAGUUCUUUAUAGGGAGUGCAUUUCCACUGACCUGAUUACUAGAGAGAGCUCUAUCAGAGAUGUCGAUGUGUUGAUCUCCAGUGGUGGAGAUUUUGCUCUUGGCUUCUUUAGCCCUGGCAAUUCUAGCCAUAGGUACUUAGGGUUAUGGUACAAUAAAAUUCCCGAGAAAACGGUGGUGUGGGUCGCCAACCGGGACAACCCCGUCAAAGAUACUUCGGGACAUCUCAGUAUCGACAAUCUGGGGAAUCUCGUACUCUACGACACAAAGAGAAGAAUCUUUGUUUGGGGCAGCAAUCUUUCGUUAUCGUCAGUGGCAACUGAGUGCGUAGCUCAACUUUUGGAUUCGGGUAAUCUUGUUCUGUUUCAGGAUAGCAAGAAAAGUUCAAUCCUAUGGCAGAGUUUUGACCAUCCGACCAAUACUUUUCUCCCCUCCAUGAAACUCGGGCUCAACCGCACCAGUGGCCUAAAUAGAAUCCUUACAUCUUGGAAGUCUCAGGAUGACCCCGGAACAGGAACGACUUAUUUAAUGAUCAACCCCAAUGGUUUUCCGCACUUAACCUUGUUCAAAAAUAAGGUCCCGUUGUGGCAACCGUGCCCCUGGAUCGGCGUAUGGAGUAUGAUCUCAUGGUUCAACUUUAUUUUCGUAAUUGAUGCCAAUGAGGUCGUCCAGACGUCAAAUGUAAUUAACUCGUCGAUCUUUGUGAGGGCAGUGGUUCAAGAGUCCGGAAGCAUGCAACUGUUCAGGUGGGCCGAAAAUAAGAGCGAGUGGGUCAAUCUUUUCACCAAACCAGUGGCCCAAUGUGACUUCUAUGGGUAUUGUGGUGCCAAUGGAAACUGUUAUUCUGAUAUUGCGUGCAAGUGCCUACCCGGGUUUACCCCUAAGUCCCCGAACGAUUGGAGCAUGAGAGACAGUUCAGGUGGGUGCAUCAGGAAGAAUCAAGAAUCAGUUUGCCGGAAUGGUGAAGGGUUCGUAAAAGUAGCUGAUGUAAAAGUGCCAGACACUUCAGCCGCAUCUUUUGAUAUGAAUAUGACUUUGAGGGAGUGCGAAAGUGAAUGCAUGAGGAAUUGUUCAUGCACGGCCUAUGCAGAUGCAGAUUUUACGAGAGGAGGAAGAGGAUGCUUGAUGUGGUAUGGAGACUUGAUGGAUACAAGAGAGGUCCCAGGUCUAGGACGAGACUUAUACGUGCGCGUGGAUGCACUUGUAUUGGCUGAGUUUCAGAAGAAUGGAUUUCUUUCGAGGAAAAAGGUGUUAGCCACCUCGAUAGGGUUAGUUUCUGCUGCAGCAAUAAUCUCUCUUGCGUUCCUUUGUGUGACAGGCUCUGAGGUUGGCAAGGAGCUAGAAGGAACAACAGAAGAUCAAGAAUUACCUCUUUUAGAUAUCACCACAAUUAAAGCUGCCACAGACAAUUUCGCCUCAACGAACAAGCUUGGACAAGGAGGAUUCGGUCCAGUCUACAAGGGGCGGUUGGCCAGUGGACAGGAAGUAGCUGUGAAGAGAUUAUCGAAGAGUUCAGGACAAGGGUGUCAAGAAUUCAAGAACGAAGUGAUGCUUAUAGCCAAACUCCAACACAGGAAUCUCGUGAGGCUUUUGAGCUGUUGCAUCAGUCUAGACGAGAGGAUGUUAAUCUACGAGUACUUGCCUAACAAAAGUUUGGAUUGCUUCAUUUUCAAUGAAGCAAAAAGGACAACCCUUGAUUGGAACCAACGUUUCAAAAUUAUUCUUGGAAUUGCCCGAGGAGUUUUAUAUCUUCACCAAGAUUCAAGACAUAGAAUCAUACAUCGAGACCUCAAAGCUAGCAAUGUCCUACUUGAUGCCGCAAUGAAUCCAAAAAUUUCCGAUUUUGGGAUGGCUAAGAUGUUUGCAGAAGACCAGAUCCAAGCAAAUACAAACAAGGUGGUCGGAACAUAUGGUUAUAUGUCUCCAGAAUACGCAAUGCAAGGAUUAUACUCAACCAAGUCUGAUGUUUUCAGCUUUGGUGUCAUAUUACUAGAAAUAGUCAGUGGCAAGAGGAACACUGAUUUCUACAGUGACAGUGGAUGUCUGAAUCUCAUUGCACAUGUUUGGAACUUAUGGAAAGAAGGAAUAUCCUCCGAAAUAGUUGAUUCAUUGAUGGCCCAACCCUAUAACACUCGUCAGGUUUCAAGAAGCAUCCAAAUCGGCUUACUGUGCGUACAAGAACGUGCAGCACACCGGCCAAACAUGAUGGACAUUGUCUUCAUGUUGGGUAAUGAGGCAGCUCUUGCCUCUCCUGAUAAGCCUGCAUUCAUUCUGAAAGGAAGCGGCAACAUUCUUGACCUUCCACCCAUUGCUGGAGCUUCUGCGAACGAGGUAACCAUAACUGAGCUUGAUGGUCGAUAAUUGUACUUGAUGUGACCAUCGUUUUAUCAUCCUACCUUUCCAGUCAGAUAAAGGCCACAAAACGCUCGAACCACCUUUAAGAAAAGGGUCCCUAUACUGGAUCGACAGAGGUUCCCAUGUAGCCAAGAAAAAAAAAUACUAGGAAUGCUCCUCAGAUGCUAAGAAGU